AUGAGUCCAAUUAAUCAUUUCCCGAAGGAUAAUUUUUUCAUGGUUUUCCUGAAAUUUGUGCGAGCAACAGAUGUGGACAAUAGGCUCUGCGACCAACUGAGGGACAGCUUUACUCGAUUUUUUCGAAGCGGAGGGCGAACGAACAUGGAAACUCAGCCAACUGCCCCUCCAGCUGGUGAAGAAGAUGCGAAGUACAGCCUUCAAUUCAGUGACCAAUCCAUAAGAUCACGAUUUGUCGCUAAAGUCUUCACCCUCGUCACAAUUAUGUUUAUCGUUGUAACGAUAAUGUGCGCAAUGCCGUUCAUCUUUCCACCGUUUAAAAGGUGGAUUCAACAAAAUUGGGUCUUCUUUCUUGUUUCCAUAUGUGUGUUCAUAGUAACUUCAAUAGUCUUACUAUGCUGUAGUUCCGUACGAAGAUCGUAUCCAGCGAAUUUGAUCACUUUGGGCAUUUUUACAUUGGCGAGCGGUUACAUGACAAUGUCCACGACAUCUUUUUACAAUGUAGAGUCUGUGCUGCUAGCGCUUUGUAUCACUACGGGUGUAUCAGCAGCUAUAGUGGUAUUUGCAAUUUACAUCAAGAAGGAUCUCACAACACUUAUUGGUAUUGUCUACAUUCUCGGGAUGACAAUGUUGUUCUUCGGUAUCACUGCUACGAUUUCGGUCUUAGCCUUUCGAGUAACAUUCCUCUACACUGUCUACGCUGUAUUAGGUGCGCUGCUAUCUAUGCUCUACUUGGCAAUUGACAUACAGCUUAUCAUGGGUGGUCGACGGUUUGAGCUUUCACCUGAAGAGUACAUAUUUGCUUCGAUGCAGAUAUUUUUGGAUAUCCUGAACAUAUUCCUCUUUAUGUUGAGAAUAUUCGGAAGUAGAUGAAAACAGAAUGAAUUAUUGUACAAAAUGGUGUUAUACGUUGUGAAUUUGCAUAAAUGUAUUUAUUCCGUGGUUGUGCACAAUAAUUCGCUUUAAAAGGUAAAGGUGGU